AUGACCAGCCUUUGGAGCGAUUCAGACACUGCCGUGGUCUUCUGGGCACGUUCAAUGGGCUGCUUCUUCUGCCAGGAGUUGGCGCGGGAGCUCAGAGCGGAUGUGCUGCCAAAGCUGGGAGCAAAGGGUAUCAAAGCAUUCUUGGUCACGAUCGGGACUGCAGAGAGGGGUUUGGAGUUUGCCGAGCUGACUGGAUACCCAUCAGACAGCCUGUUGGCUGACCCAGACAAUGUGACAUAUAAUGCUUUGCAGCUGAAGAAGGGAGUCGUGGAUACAUUCUUCAACAUUGAGACACCGCUGGCGAUCAAAGACAGGAUAGUGAAGGACGGGGCGGCUGGGCUGCGGCAGGCAAUAAGCAGUUGGAAGCCCUGGAUCCCCCCGGGGCAGGGUCAGUCGCGCCAGCAGGGGGGAUGCUACAUCUUCCGGGGGAAGGAAUGCGUUUUCGAGCACAAGGACAAGGCCACCGGCGCGCAUGUUGACCUGGACAAAGUGGUGCAGAUCGCGACUGGCCUGGCCUGA